GAAGGGUGGGGGUGGUGCGUGGUGGAGGCACUCUCACAGUCUGGGGCCCACUUGUUCGACGAUCGUCUUGUCACUCGAAAGCGCGUUGCUAUUCCGGGAAGCACGAUUUCACGUGUUCGGGUUUCCUCUAAUCUCGUGCUCCUUUAACGUAUCGGUACUUUGUGACUUUCCCGCGAACCACUCGAAUCCUACUGAUCCUUCAACGUCGCGUGCAAGUGUGGAAUAAGUGAUUUUGGGCACUUGAGUGCAUUCUAGAAGUGAUACUGCAGAAAGAAUGCUUUAAAAAAUUACAGAAGUUAUAAUAAAUUGUUUUAUAUUUUUAUCAAAUUUGAUAUAUACUAUAAAAGAAAAAUGACCACGGAAACAUUUUCAAGGGAACUAGAUGCUCAUAUAGUGACCUUGCUCACAAGGAUCUCCGCGUUAAAAGAAAAUAAUGCAGAACUAACGGAGAAGAAAGCACCUAUGUCGAUAGAAGCUCGUAGUUUAGAACUUUGGAGAGCAGUGGCUGUAGAGUGUUUCGCUACUUUUCUCUUCAGUCUCGUUGUAUCCGGUGCAGCAGCGUCCUCUGCGGUUUCCGGAAGCGGACUUUCCGUCUUAGCCACUGCUGUAGCAUCCGGUUUUGCAAUUUCGGCGAUUUCUUUCAUCUUUGGCCAUAUUAGUGGUGGACACGUAAAUCCAGCUGUCUCAGUAUCUUUCGCUUUGUGUCGACGGAUCUCUCUACUCCGUGCUGCUCUCUACAUCGCCGCACAAUGUGGAGGUGGUAUAGCCGGCGCUGCAAUGUUAUAUGGGGUGACUACACCUUCCAACACGCAGACCUUGACUUCCCUAGGACGUCUUGGGGGACCUAUUGAAAGGCUUUUAGUAGAACUAGCUCUUUCAGUGCUGAUAGUCCUGGCUCAUUUCACGUCAGAAUCUUCGAAAUCAUCACCAACGUCAAUUUCUUCGAAACCAGCUGGCGUGCUAGCCGCAGCUUAUACGGCAGCUACUUUAGUUUCGAGUCCAUUCUUAAAUCCUGCUCGGGCACUUGGACCAGCAUUUGUCAGCAAUCGUUGGGACAAUCAUUGGGUGUACUGGGUGGGCCCAUUAUCCGGAAGUGCAGUGGCAGCACUUCUUCACGAAUAUGUUCUAAAUCCUAAACGAUCUAGAGAUCCACGCGACAUGGACGAUGGAGAUAAUUCAUCACUGAGGUCUGAUGAAGACACAUAUGACGAUCUAGAUAAACCAUCCGGUCCUAAGUUUCCUAACGCCUAUGCAACCUAUCGUCCAGUCGCUGGAGCAUCCUCGUCGAUCUAUAGUGCCCCUCCGACUGCCUUAGAACGCGUUGAAUCUAUUUAUGGAGGAACCAAAUCACUCUACUGUAAAUCUCCGCCUUUAACUAGGGCAAAUUUAAAUCGUUCACAAAGUGUAUAUGCUAAAUCGACUUCCGGAACUCGAGAUGGCCUGAUGAUCCCUAAACCAGGUCCUCUAGUCCCUGCUCAGAGUUUAUACCCAAUUAGAAUUGGUCAAACCGGUUCAACUUCAGGCCGAGAGAGCCAACAGCAAAAUGGACCGAAUGGUCAAAAUCAAAAUUCCCAAAAUCAUAAUAGUACGAAUCAGAACAUGCAAAAUCAACUGCAACAAUGCACACAGAGCAUUUAUGGUAUCAGAGGAAUCUCCACAAGCAUUAGUACUAGGGAAAAUGGUAUCUACGGUGUGUCCACGGGAUCUAGUAUAUAUGGUCGAGCACCAGUUCCUCCUCCUCCGGGUAACCAAAAUUCCCAACAGUCAGUUCCAAAUAUACAGUCUUCUACUCAAACUCAUCAUCAGCAGCAGCAACAGCAGCAACAGCAACAGCAGCAGCAGCAACAGCAGCAGCAGCAGCAGCAGCAGCAACAGCAACAGCAGCAGCAGCAGCAGCAACCACCACCACCACAGCAGCAGCAACAACAACAACAUCAGAAUGGAGCAAUAUCUACAAAUUCGGAUAACGCAGCAAAUUCUAGAAGACCAGAGAGUAUGUACGGACAUAUUUCUAGGCGCAGUGACGAUUCUGCAUAUGGUAGUUACCAGGGUUCAACACGAGGAAAUUAUGGUAAAAUACCUGGACCUCCUGGAUCAACAGGACCACCAAAUGGACCACCUGGCCCACCACAGUAUCGCGAGCAAGGGAGACCUAGUCCAGCCGGACCAUUACAACAGAACCAGCAAAACAGUUUUCAGAGAAACUCACCAAAUCUUCAAUACUGA